UUGGGGCGAAAAGCGCCGGAAUCGGGGCACGACCCCCGGCAACGACCCCCGGCAACCACCCCCCCCCCCCGCCGCCGCCGAGCCCCCGCGGCGCGUCCCCAGAGGCCGUUCCAGAAUGUCCUCGGGCCGCCCCGCAGCUCCGUCCCCGCCGCCGGGGGGGCUCCCCGGGCCCCGCCGCCGCCGCCGGGGCCCGGCCCCGGGGCCGCCCCCCGCGGGCUCCCCAUCCCCCCCCGCCGGCGGCCCGGGCAGCAAUGACGUGUUCGUGACGUCACGCUCGGAUUUCCGGGCGCAGCUGCGGCGCUGCCAGCGGCUCCUGGCGCCGGGCGGGGGUCCCGGCGGGGGUCCCGGGGAGCUGCGGCUGCACGGGCUGGGGCUGGCCGUGCCCCGCACCAUCAACCUGGCGCUGCAGCUGCAGGCGGGCGCGGGGGGGGCCCUGCGGCUGCACGCCAGCACCUCCUCCGUGCCCCUCCGGCCCCCCCGCGCCCGCCGCGGCGCCCCCCCGGCCCGCGGUGAUGGCGACGGCGGCGGCGGCGACGGCGAGGACGGGGACCCCCCUCGGCACAACUCGGCCAUCCACAUCCGCCUCUGCAGGGAGGCCCCCUGCGCCUGAGGGGGGGUCCCGGGGGGCUCCCCCGCUGCCCCGGCCUCCGCCGCCUCCGCGGCGACGCCCCAAAACCCGCCCGGAGGCUGCCACGGCCGCGGGGACCCCGGGGCCACCAGGAGCCGGCAAAGGACCGAGAUGCCACCGCGAGUUGUUUGAGGCCGCCGCGAGUCGCCGCUGGCCUCGGGGACGGCGCGGGCGAGGCCACCGGCGGCUCGAGGCCACCGAGCCGCCACCGCCGCGGGCCGGGGCCACCCCCGCGAUGUCACCCCCAGCCCCUCGAUGUCAACCCGAACCCCCCCGCGCGGCAGCGUCGGGCACUCUGUGGGGGACACCGGGACGUGACACCCGAAUAAAAUCGGUGGCGACAGCA